AUGUCAGAAACAUCGAACUCGGAUAAGAACAAUAAUCAAUCGAUUGAGAAAACAAAUGAAGCGCCGAUAAAAGCAGUUACGCAGAGCAAUGACACGCACGCAAACACUGAGGAGGGCGAAGUCACUUUACAAACCACAUCAGGCAAGCAAACGGAGACUUCAGUCUCCAUCUCUGAUGCCACCAAAGCGCCUGAAAACAACAAGUCGGAUUCAGCGCCCCUCAAUGACGAGCGCGAGGAGACAAAAACAAAGAUGGGUGCUGAUAAAUCAUCAAACUCCGUAACAAAUCCCCCUCUAACUUCAGUUCCGGUGAGGCCUAGUGCGCCAGCCUCAUCUGAACCUGCUCCAAAGAUCAUAACAGGAACCGCACAUAUCAGAUCCACAACACCAGUGGUCGUAGGUGCCAGAGUAGUGACGGCUACGACGUCCAGUGUGCAGGGACCAGGAGGUGCCAGCUUGGCACUGGUUCCUCAGGCUGGAAGAGGUUCUGUAAGCUCUACAGCUAUAAACCAGCCCAGGGUCACCACCUUGACCCCAGCCAAAGGUACUGUGGUGAGGAUUUCCACCCCAUCACAAAGUGUACCAACACGUGCCCCUCAAACUAUGCUGCCUGCCAACUUUCAAGUCCCCCAAGGAAUGGUGUUAAUUCGCAGUGACAGUGGGCAGUUGAUGUUGGUAUCUCAGCAGGCUCUGGCCCAAGCACAGGCUCAGGGAAUGCUGCCCAAACCAGCCAAUGCCUCUGCAAUAGUUAGAACCGCAUCCUCCCAGGCAACUGGAACUGCUACACCAAUCAUCAGAGUUUCUCUCCCACCUUCUAGUGCAUCAGCCACUACCAGUAUUAAACUUAACCCUACAUCAGGGGCUGCACCCUCUGUGACAGGAACUACUAUUCUCAAACCAGCUUAUACAACAGGAACAACCAUCAUUAAACCCACCAGUGUUAUAACGACUGCAGUCAGAAAGCCCAACUCCACCAUGGGCACUGUUAUCAAAGCCAGUCAGAUUACUCAAAACAGCAGCACAGCGGGGACCCUUAACCAGGGGACUAAUUCUGUCAGCACAACCACUGUAAUUAAUACCUCUGCCGUAAAGUCUAUGGGCAAAGGUGCGCUCUCUGCCCCACGUAUGGUAUGUCCAAAUGUACCAACCAGACCCAGCACAAACACUUCCUCAACUCCAGUCCAUGUUACUGCUGAGACCUUGGAAAACGUGAAGAAGUGUAAGAAUUUCCUUGUCACCCUGAUGAAGCUAGCAUCCAGUGGCACUCGCUCGGCUAACAUGGCGCAGAAUGUCCGAGCUCUUGUCAAAGGCCUACUGGAUGGUAAAUUAGAGGCAGAAGAGUUUACUGAAAAACUCUACAUGGAGCUCAAGUCCUCCCCUCAGCCAUAUCUAGUGCCCUUUCUUAAGAGAAGCCUACCAGCUGUACGUCAGCUCACUCCAAACUCGCAGCUCUUCAUUCAGCAAUGUGACCAACUCAAGCCAUCAGAUUCAGCAUCAACCAAGACUGCAAACCAAAAGCCCAGCAUCUCCAUCAGCUCCACCAUCAAGCCCAACCAGCCAACCAGACCUGCUCAGCUGGUGAUCCAGCAACCUAAAGGAGUAAUUGUCGAACAGCCUGUAAUAUCAUUAUCAGCCCAGAACAAUUCUCAACCCAAACAGUUGGUCAUUCAAACCAGCACUCAUUCAACAGUCCCCACAAGUGCUGUUGUGCGGCAGUCCAUCCUUCAGGCAUCUAAAACACACUUUUCUCAGCCACCCCUUAGAGCACAUGCACACGGCUUCAAGGACAGCACCUCGGGCUCUUUCCGAGAUGACGAUGACAUUAAUGAUGUGGCCUCCAUGGCAGGAGUGAAUCUGAGUGAGGAGAACGCUCGUAUCUUGGCCUCUGGCUCUGAGCUUGUGGGAUCAGUGAUACGCUCCUGUCAAGAGGAGCCCUUUUUAUUCCCAUCAGCCCUCCAGACACAAGUGCUCCACAUCGGUGGUUCUCUGGGUAUUACAGAAGUGUGUCCUGAUGUAUCUGAAUUGCUCUCUCUGGCAACAAAAGAGAGACUUGGAGACCUGCUGGAGAAGCUAACCGCUGUAGCACAACAUCGCCAAAUCUCCUAUAGGGAUGAUUGGCGCUACAGUCAGACCAAUGACGCACGCUCUCAGCUGAAGUUCCUCGAGCAACUGGACAGACUAGAGAAACAGAGGAGAGAGGAAGACGAGAGAGAAGCACUACUCCGCAUCGCCCGGAGUCGCUCUAACAGUGAAGACCCAGAGCAACAACGUCUCAAACAGAGAGCUAAAGAGAUGCAGCAGUUGGAGUUGGCACAGAUGGAGCACCGAGAUGCAAAUUUGGCAGCGCUGGCAGCCUUGGGACCUCGUAAGAGGAAAGCUCUGGACGCUCCCGGCCCAGGGGCCAACCAGUUGUUAGGUCCAUAUGGACAGCUUGCAACUCAAAGAGCACCAAUUCGAGUCACUAUGAGAGAUCUGACUUUCUGCAUGGAGCAAGACCCCACACUCAGACACUCACUCAAGCUAUAUAGUGGUUUUCUGCGCUAGAUACACUCAGUCAAACCACUGAGACGUGUGCUGUAUUUGGAUGAGUUUUGCAUUAACUUCUGUAUCACAGUGUUCCAACAAUGUUCAAAUCAGAAUAGUUUGCCAUAUCUGUUCCUGUCCUUGUUUUGAGUUGACUGUUGUUUAAAAUGUGUUUUUUUCUUCUUCAUGUUGAAUGUAUUUCACUAACGUAUUGACUGAUAUGGAAGUACAAAGGAAUUAAUUAAACACUA